AAUCCGGCCAUGAACAGCCGUGAGUAGUAGUUACAUAGUAGUAGUACUCGUACCUGGUACGUACCAUAAGGACCGUGGUUUUGUCCGAGUACUGAACGUUUCGGCAGUCCAACACUCGAACUAACCCUUACCGGGGUAGUAUGUGUAUAUAUGGUACAUAUCUUGUUGGAGGAGAAAACAUACCUUGAAAUUAUUUCUCUACCGCACGGUACCAAGUACAGUACGUACUGUACGAAGUAUGACACUGCUACCACGCUAUGGUACCACCAUCGCAGUUCUCUUUUAUUUCCUUUUGUUCAAUAAUGACCGGGAUAGGUUGCACUGCUGCAUGAACGGUUUCCGGAAUAGAUUGCUGCGGCCAACCCCAUAACUAGCAACUWAACUCGAUUUUAUCAUGUGGUCCAACCUAGCAAAGGAACUGGGUGCGCCCGACAUCAACGCGACUCUUGAGAAGAUCGGAAACGCCGUUGCUCCUCGGGAGGACGACGAUGACGAGUAUUACGAYGACGACGGUUACGACGAYGACGAAUAUUAUGACGAUGACGAGGAUUAUGACGAYGAGCAGGAUUAUGACGACGGCAACGAAGUCGAUGUUGGAAAAAUGAUGAAAUCAGUAGCRAAUGCGAGYCCAUUCCGUUUAGCAGGGAUGCUGGCUAAGUCUUUGGAUGCCCGUCCUGUCGAGACUGGGAAUGAAGGUGACAGUAAGAAGAACUACGAAUUAGAAGGCGUCAACAGACAGAACGAAUAUAACACACAGGAAACGAGCCAAAAUUUUGAWCGGGCGCUCUUUCCUCAAGCAUCUCUUCCUAAAUUAGACGAAGCUGUUCGUCCCGGAGACAAAACCGAUGCGGGAAAUUAUUCUUUGACCGAAGGAAGAGAAAAGAUCUUUAAACAAGUUGAUCCAAUCGACCAAUUGCCGAAUCAAAGUCUGGGUGUCGGCGAAGCCCACACUAUUGGAAAAUCAGAUUUCGUAGAAACAGCCCCGCUGGAAAAUUCGAAUCWACCCAAAGAYAAAGCAAGUCCGAGUCGAUUGGAAUGYGAUGAACCAACCCCACACCSAUCGAACGUCGCCGCACAGAUUGCCGUCAAUAUUCCGGAACAGAUCGCCGCACAAUCACAGAAAGCAAGAAGGGACAAAAACGAGCCAUUUUUUCUUUCAGAAAAGACAGCAACGGAAACGAAGCUUUUGUCUACGAAGAAGUCCAAUGUGGUCGAUACAAAAACAAUCGGAGACGCAGCAAAAGCGAAUUCUUCUGUAAUGGAAAAAACUCCUACUUUUACCAAUCCAAAAGAAAAACAACACAAGCAAAAGAAAAAUUUUGAACACCCGAUUGCUCCGAUAAACGGGUUAAAYGGGCAAGAGGAAAGCCAUUUACGCAAAACCAAAGAAGCCACUAUACAGUCUGUUCAAAAAGCAACUCCGAAACAGAGGGACACAAGAAAAGUUAGGARAGAAAGACUUCAACCAAAGGAGAAUAAUAAUAGCAUCGAAAUGGAAGCAAAGGCAUUAGAAUCCGUGGUCUCUAUSGACGACGACMACAAAAACAUAAUAAAGAAUGACGUCGCCAAURGUACUGGGUUCAUUAAGAAUGAAACGACUAUCAAACCCACAAACGUCAUYGAAGAGGUCGUCCCUUCAACUUCGUCGCAAGAUCACAAAAUCUCAUGUGAUGGUGUGGAAAGGUURGAGGCCAAAGUAAMGACAUCAAAGUCGAGCAARGAUAUUGAAUACGUCUUGCCUUCGACUUCCCCGCAAAAUCAUAGCAUCUCACGUGCUGUUGUACAAGAUGCAAGUGGGUUACAAACCAAUAAAGGAGGUCCAAAAAGGUCAUCACAGCGAGAAGACAUUUAUCCAAAUGAAGAUUACAAGCAAAAAUUAUCCAAAGCCGAACUCGACCAAAAGGAAUUGCAAAUACAGCUAGAAAAUGCAAGGAAAGAAAUCAAAACCCUCCAAUACCAAGCUACGGUGGACAAAGAGAAAGCCGAGUCCGAAAAAGAAGACCUUCUUCUACAGUUUCAGAAAAAAGAGACACGGUUGCUUCAAGCCACUUCUGAAGACAAUCACAAUCAAACGCUGUUAUUACGACAAGAAURCGCUGCCAAGACUCAACACCUAGAGCAGUUGCUAGCAAAAGAACAGAGAGAGUCACAAGACGAAAAGGAAGAAUACAAAAGGCUGUUACAAGAAAGCUACGCGAAUUUCGACCGAGUUGAAAAUCAGUUGAAAGCUAACGCWAAAAAAUACGAGAUCGAUAUAGCGCAAGCAAAAAAACAAGAAGAACGUGCUCUGCGAAAAGUUGAUGAUCGGAUGGCUCAAACYAUGGCGGUCUUGGACGAACGAGACGAAGAAAUUUCUCGCUUGAAAAAAGCUCUGAAAGACAUGGAAUCUAAAGUUAGCGAACACAAAGAGGGCGAAGAAGAAGCCGAGGACGAGCUUGAAGAAUUACACCACGAAAACGAUGCAUUGCAGAAGACAGUCGAAACCCUUGAACUCGAGASGGACAGGUUACGUGAACAAGUAGCAWCCUUGAGGACUGGGUCUGAGGAGCUCUCGGGACUUCAGAUGGAACUCACCAUGUUGAAAGAAGAACGCGCUCGGGAGCGGUCGAAAAGCCAGGCAGCUGCUGAUUCUGCAUUGGAAUUUCGUACGCAAAUAGAUUCGGAGCGGCUGAAUGCUUUGUCAGAGUUGAAAGAUUCAAAGCAAAAGUUGGCCGCCGCUCUUGGCGAUCUUGAAAUUGCACGCUCUGACAAUGCUCGCAUGAUGAUGGCAAAUGACAAUCUACAAUCUGCMUUGGAGGCAUUCCAAGAUGAACGACAAGCAGAAAUGGAAAUGAUUGAAGAGCAGCAGCGAGAAUCUGAGGAGGCUAUCAAGUCAGCACAUGCAACUUCCACCAAUGCACUAAAACAAAUUCAUCAGACGGAAAUGGACGCAAUUCAAAGGGCGUCAGAUGAUGCGGUGAGGAACGUAAUGAAUGAAAUGGAAUUAGUUGAAGGUACAAUAGAGACUUUAAAAUCCGAGAACAAUCAAAUGCGACGUUCACUUGAUGAAGCUAUCAAACGACUCCAAACCACGCAAGAAGACGUUAUCGAUAGGAACGUCAUGAAAAAUAUUCUUGUUGACUGGUGCACUCUGAACGACAAGAGUAAGCGGAACCAGGUUCUGGAAGUCAUGGCGAAUUUACUGCAUUUUUCUGAAGAAGAAAAGGAGAAGGUCCAUAUAACUUCAAACAAUCUUGAUACAAUUAGAGCAAAGGUUGUUGGCGCAUUAGCCGUUCCGUUACCUCCACCGAAAGCGGACGUAGAGCACCUUGAGGGCAGCAAUGUCCAGGAAAAAUGGAUCAAUUUCCUCAUGGCAGAAACGGAUUCCUAAAGAAGUAAAGAACUAGAAUGAUG